UUUAACAUUAGAAGUUAUUUAUUCUCUUGUUUCAUCAAUAAGAAAGGUGUUAAAAAAUGGUUUCUAAAUUUUUUAUUUCUUUAUUUUCAGGUGUUGUUGUUCGAAAUGGAUACUCGUCUGCGAAAUAAGUGUGUUGCCUGGUGUUUGUUUGGAACUGGGAGAUGAAGUCCUCCAGGCUGUUGAUAUCUCGCAUCCGGCUCUGGAAAAACAUCAGCGGCUCGCCGAGUAGUAGACUGGAUAAUUGGAAACGCCACAUUAACCAAGAGGUUGGUGGCGGAUGGCGGUUGACUGGCGAUAUCGGAUGGCGAUUGGGUAGCGGCAUUCUCCGUUCCUUCGGCGACGCUUGGAGCGAUCUGCGGAGACGCCGGUACCGGGUUGGACGCCCUCACUCCCUCAUCCGGACUCUCAUCGGACUUACUCGCAUCGACGACGUUAUCAAUCUUCGUAGAAGACAAUUGGGCUAAGUUUUGCGGGUCGAAACUGAUGGAGCAUAUGCUGCCUCCCUCUCUCUCUCGUGGGGUCUCCGCUGCAUCGUCCUGGGGCUGUUGAUUUGCCGGUGUCGUGGCUACAUAGUUUUGGGGAUGUUCGCUGAAGUAGGAGAUUUGCGAGUUAGCCGGCGACUGGUUCAUGGUGACGUUAUUAUGGAAAACUUCGAGUAAAUAGCCAAGUGUGUUGCCAAGUCUCAGGAAUAUUAAAAUGGAUUCAGUGAUAGUGCCUAUUCUGGAUAAAAUUGUGUUGUG